CAGAUGGUGAAGUGGUGAAAAGCCCCAUGUCCCCGCCAAGGCUGCUGCAAACGGCUUUGGCAGCGCAGUGGCCGCGGGUGCCAGGCCGGGCGGGGGAGGCAGGUGGCAGGCUAGCAGCUGGCUGCCCAGGGUGUGGGGGGUGCAGAUUCCCAUCUCCGCUGGGUCUGUUCAUGGGGCUGCAGGGAGACAGGGCAGGCCCCCCCAGGCGGGCAGGGUCCACCUCAUCCUUCCUUUCUCCCUCCCGCCCAGGCCCAGGGCCCCGGCCAGUGCCCAGCCCGGCUGGGAGCCCCGGCAGCACCACGGACGGCGCCCAGGAAGCCCGAGUCUCCCUGGACGGGGCCUUCUGGAUCCCGAGGCCCCCGGCAGGGUCCCCCAAGGGCUGCUUCGCCUGCGUGUCCAAGCCCCCCGCCCUGCAAGCUCCCGGGGCCCCUGCCCCGGAGCCCUCCGCCUCCCCCCCGAUGGCGCCCACGCUGUUCCCCAUGGAGUCCAAGAGCAGCAAGACCGACAGCGUGCGGGCGGCCGGCGCCCCCCAGGCCUGCAAGCACCUGGCGGAGAAGAAGACACUGGCGAACCCCGCGACGGUGGUGGAGGUGUACCCCGACAGCAGCGAGGUGAACGACUACUACCUGUGGUCCAUCUUCAACUUUGUCUACCUCAACUUCUGCUGCCUGGGCUUCAUCGCCUUGGCCUACUCCCUCAAGGUCCGGGACAAGAAGCUCCUCAACGACCUGAACGGGGCCGUGGAGGACGCCAAGACGGCCCGGCUGUUCAACAUCACCAGCUCCGCCCUGGCAGCCUCCUGCAUCAUCCUCAUCUUCAUCUUCCUGCGGUACCCGCUCAGCGACUACUGAGGCCGGGCACGGAGACAAUGUCACUUCCAGGAUCGCCGAGACGUCAGCUCCCGAGAUUUUGGGUGGCGCAGGGCCUCUGUCCUGGGGCCCCCUGAGCCGUGACCCCGGCAGCGAGGCCGUCGGGAGCUGAGCACGGCCAGGGGGCCACCAGCCAGGUCCCCCCACCCCGCCCGCCCCUCUCUGGGGCCUGUGGGCUCCCCCCUGUGCCGCUGCUCUCCGGCUUCCUGCGGCUGCCGCCCCCACCCUCCCACGCCCCUUCCCAGGCCCGGGCUCCCCCCUACCCGACACCCGGCGAGAAGGGCUUAUAUGGGGGCUGCCCGGGGUGGGGGGCGCCAGCAUCCGGGAUUCCCGCUCCUCCUCCCCCUCCUGCUGUGACCUGCUCCGCUCUGUGUCUAUGAACUUUCAAUAAAACCCGUGCAGCGCCCCUGC